AUGCGUUCAUUCAUUGCUUUAUCCGCUUGGGCAGCUGGCCUGACCCAAGCUUAUACCGUCACCAACACCGAUCUGUUCAUGUUUAAGAACAUCGAUCCGAUUGUGCUACCAGGACAGUAUACGAGCCAUAUGCAUAGCUUCUUUGGCUCGGAUGCCGUGACUGUCAACACGACCACAUCUGCUGAGCUGCAGAAGGGCUGUUCAAGCACCGAGAACCCGAAUGACUUUUCGACAUACUGGGUUCCCACGCUUUACCUGGUCCAGAAUGGUACCCACAGACCCAUCACGCCGAUGCGCUUCAGCGCGUAUUACGAGAAUCUGAACUCGGCCGAGAUCCCCAUCCCACAGAACUACAAAGAUCUUGCCGGUAACGUCUCCGCCCGGUCGCAAGACGAUAUCGAAGGCAACGCGGGCGUCAAGUGGUUUUGCGAGGGGGAUCCUUCGGAUGAGAAUGAGGAUGACGCUGCGUUCCCGACCAAGACCUGCUCGACACACCUGCAGACCCUGCUUCUCUUCCACGACUGCGCCAACCCCAAGACCCUCGAGUCGGCGUACUCUGAGAGCCCGAACUACUUCCCUAACUACGGCGAAAACCACUGUCCUAAGGGCAUGUACCGAAUUCCCCAGCUCCGCUUCUCCAUCCGCUAUGACCUUCGAAAGCUCCUGCCCGAUGGUUGGGAAGGACGGCCGCCUUUAGAGCUCGCGUGUGGUCCAUCCUACUGUACCCAUGGCGAUUUCAUCAACGGAUGGCUGCCGGAGGCUGCAGAGAACAUGCUGAAUGACUCUUCCAACUCCGGAUUUAUCCCGAUCAAUGGACCGCUCGGCGACUACAAUGCUGGGUCCGUUUGUGGAGCUGGCAAUGCCACCGAUAGCGAUCCAACCCACGGAACCAGCAAUUACGCAAAGAGCGUGCGUAUGAUGAAGGGUGCAUCCAUGAAGCAACAUCUUGUGAAGCAUCGUCGCUGGGCUUGA